AUGGACACGAACGAUAAGAUGCCGGGGGACGCCGCUCUGGGCGCAGUGUCCAAGCAGCAAGACGAGGCGUCCAAGAAUGCACGUACUGUAGAUACAGACUCUUUCAACAAAGCGCGUGAUGUGGUGAAGAGUAAGGCUGAUCACGUAAAGGAGCUCACGAGUGCUGUCCGUGACGCGUUGGACGAGACGGCACAGCAAGCAUGGGAAGUUACCAAGACGUUCGUGACGCCUGUUGUUGACGUAUUUAAACGAGCAGAUGGAGAAAAAGGCACUGAACUGCGCAAGUAUGUGGGUGUGGCACGGGAACGACUUAAUGUGCAGCUCUACGCAGCUCAAAUGCAGCUGCAGGAGACCAAGAAGAUUGCCGAUGAUCAGUUUGUGCCUGUAAAAAACGCACUCCAGCAACGAAUAAUUGGGUGUACGGUUGUGACAUGUACAGAGCUAUUGAAAUCGAACGAGUUUCGACGCGAAUACCCGGAAGUGGCGGCAGUUGCUAUGGCGGUUGUGGUAGGCGUGCCAUCACUUUUGAUACGUGGCAAGUGGUCGGCGGUACGAAACUCGGCAGUGGCCGUGGGCGCUGGCGCUGCGGCGUGCUACAGAUGGGACAAGUCGGUGCAGAAGAAGCGCAAGUAG